AUGCCCGAAUUUAUCAGCUUGACGUUCCCUAAUGCUUCAACCGAGCUCGACCCUAUCCCCAAUGCAUCCAUUGAUCCCGAAUACCUCAUACGCUAUGCCCGUACUCUAGAUGAUUACGGAUUCAACUAUACACUUGUGCCUUAUGAUUCGUCUUCUUAUGAUCCCUUCACUAUCGGCGCAACUAUUUUAUCCGCGACCAAAAGCAUCAAAGUCAUCAUCGCCCUCCGGCCAAACACUUUGUACCCCACAGUGGCAGCAAAAGCACUAGCAACUCUCUCCCAACUAGGCCGCGGUCGAGUCGUCGUUCACUUCAUUGCCGGUGGAAGCGACAUCGAGCAAGCCAAGGAAGGAGACUUUUUAACGAAAGAUCAGCGGUAUGGAAGAUUGGAAGAGUAUAUCAAGAUUCUGCGCCGCGCUUGGGAAUCCGACCAACCAUUUGAUUGGGAAGGGCAGUAUUAUCAAUUCAAACAAUUCAACAAUAAAGUCUGUCCGACUGCUAAGAUCGAGAUCUCAGUCGGCGGUUCCUCAGACGAGGCGUAUCGAAUUGGAGGUUCGCUGGCUGAUAUCUUCGGGCUGUGGGGCGAACCAUUGAAGGAGACAAAGGAGCAGAUCGAUCGCAUCUAUGCCGAAGCUGCCAAGGCCGGCCGUGCAGACUCCGAUAGACCUCGCAUCUGGGUGACAUUCCGUCCUAUCGUCGCCGAGACGGAUGAUCUUGCUUGGGCGAAGGCUCAUCGCACAUUGGAUGCCUUGUAUCAGCACCGCACAAACGGUCAGGGCAAGGCCCCUGUCAAUGCAGCAGCGCCUCAGAAUGUAGGCUCGCAGCGCCUGCUUGAUAUUGCGGCUCGUGGGGAGGUCCAGGAUCGUGCGCUUUGGUAUCCCACUGUUACCGCAACGAACGCGCGGGGCGCGUCCACUGCUUUGGUGGGAUCGCCGCAGACUAUCACUGAUUCGCUGAUUGACUAUGUUGAUCUGGGUGCUGAUCUGAUCUCGGUUCGUGGUUAUGAUAAUCUGAAUGACGCUAUCGAUUAUGGUCGCUUUGUGCUUCCCAACGUUCUUCGGGGUUUGGAAGAGCGGACGAACGGGGCUUCGGCUUAA